AUGGUCCCUCCCAGGGGCGACGGUGACCCUGGGACCAUUCCAGGGGUCCUGCUAGGGGUUGUGGUGCCCACAGGAGCUCUCCCAGGGAUAGCGGUGCUCCUAAGGGCCCUGCCAGGGGCGGUAUCGUCUCCAGGAGCCCUCCAAGGGGCGGUGGCGCCCACUGGAGAUGUACCAUGGGCAUUGCCCGAGGCGAUGGUGCCCCUCAGGGGCCCUCCCAGAAACAGGGACGCUCUCAGGGCUCCUGUCAGAGGUGGUAAUGCCACCAGGUUCCCUGUCAGGGGAGAUGGAGCCCCAAGGGUCCUUCACAGGGACGACGGCGCCCAAUUGGACCCUCCCAGGGGUAGUGGUGCCCACAGGAGCCCUCUCAGGGACGCCCUCUGGGGCCCUGCCAGAGGUGGUGACUCUUCCAGGUACCAUCCCAGAGGCAGUAGCGUCCCCAGGGGCUCUGAUAGGGGCUCUGGUGUCCACACCGGCUCUGGCGGGGACAGUGGCGCCCACAGGGGCCUUCCCAGGGACAGUGGUACCCUCGGCGGUCCUGCCAGGGAAGGUAAUUCCCACAGGGGCCCUCCCAGAGGCGGUGGCGUCCCCAGGGGCCCUUCCGGGGCGGUGGCACCACCAAGGGCCCUUCCAGGGAUGGCGUCGCCCAUUGGGGCCCGCCCAGGGGCCCUGCCAGAGGUAAUGGUGCUCUCAGGGGGCCUCCCAUGGAAAGCACACCCCUAG